UCGAUUUUCAAAGACAUUGUUCUAACAUUGUGGAAAAAUCAGGGUACUUUCUCGUCCACAAAAAAUGGUAAAAAUUCAAAUGUCAAUGUAAAAACACUGAAAAAUUUUGUUAAUAAUAAAAUGCACUGCAAUCUCGAAGAUUAAAGUUUCUCUUUCAAAAUUAUCUCACAAAUUUUUGCUGUACAAUCUUUUCCCGCCAAUUUAUGAAUUUAGAAAAUUCUAACAUUCGAACUUUCAUCGCGUAACUCUAACAUUCACGAAGUUGCAACAGUUUUAAAAUAUCGGCAUGUCUUCGUCGAUCAAUAACAGUUUACGUUGGAAUAAGAAGUAAGAAGUAAAAUCGAUAAAAUAGCGCGUCAUGAGUUGCUUUCAUCGAUCAAUAUUAAUCAAGAUAAUACUGUUCCGACUCCUUUCGUUAAUACGUUGCACUUUACUUUCGUUUUAGAUGCUCGAAUUAGAUUCCCGUAGAAAUGAUUAGAUUCCACUAUUAAUUCGACAAACGAUAAUAUAUUCAUGCUUGUUACAGUGGGAGAAUAUCUUUCAUUCGGGGCAGUGUAAAACACGGUCUCGAAGGCAAAACUUCGUUCGUACAGAGAAUAAAGUUUUACUUUUUUUUUUUUUUGUAAAGAACUUGAACAACAACAUUGAGGAACUACUUGUUUUAAUUACAUCGUUCUACUUCAAGUUCUCGAAAUGUUUAAUCAAUCGUCGAAACUCGAAAAACUCGAGAAGGGAUCAGCUGAGAAACGUAAACUAUGGUUGUCACUACUGUCAUACUUCAGAAGUUACGCAUCGUGUUUUCCUCAAUCGUUUGGUGGGAUUCUUACCAUUCAGAGUUGAAUCAUCGAGAUUUGUGUAUUCGAAAUUAUAUUUCGUUUUCUCCACAAUCUCCGUAAUCAUUUAUUUGGCCUCCGUACUUUGUUCCGUGUACACAAUUAAUUUUAUUAAUGAAUCCAAGGAUAUAUCAAUCACACUGCAUUUCAAUUUUCUAAUACUUUUCGGCCCCACGAUUUUCAUCGCUGCUUAUGUUAAAAGUCGAUCAGUGAUCCAAGCGAUCAAUCGUGUUUCGAACGUUUCUUACGUAUUGUCUCCAGGAAUUUUUCGCGAAAUAGCCAAGAUCAUUUUCGUCAAAGAUGUAUUGCUUUCCACGCCAUUGUUAAUAUUCUUUCCACGAAUUUUUUUUGAACAAUAUAUUCUUCAUUUCGUGUUUUGGUACACUUUCGUCGGUCCGUUUAUGCUGAUUAUCUUGUACACGAACAACGUGUACGUGCUAAAUGCAUGCUUCAAGCAUAUCAAUGAUUCACUGGCGAAAGUGAAAGAAGUUUUGGUCAACGACGAGCCUCAUCUACUCAGGAGAGUCUAUCACAUGCAGAGGAAUCCUAUGCUGCUGACGAAGCUCAGGACCCUUAAGAAACAACAUUUAGAGAUGAGUGAAGUUGUUCAGCUACUAAACCACUCGUUUAGCACGCAGAUCGAAUUGGUACUAUCGUUGUACUUUGUCGAUGUUACAUUCAACAUUUAUAAGUAUGUAGCGUUGUAUUCUGGAACGCUGAAGAUGGAGUCGUUCCUUUCUGUACUUUGCUACGCAAUCCUUUACACCGCGCACAUAAUCGUCAUAGUUUCGUUCAUUGAAAUUACCAAGAGUCAAAUAAAGAAAAUUGGCACCAACAUUCAUCAAGUUCUUGUACAUACUUUCGACGAACAGGUGACAACGGAGGUAAGAUGAAUGAUGAUUUAUAUGUUACAUAGAAACUAAGUUACGAGGAUUUUAAUUUGUAUUAAUGUGUUUGAUCCCAGUUGGAGUUGUUUUCACUGCAAGUAUUGCAGAAAGGCGCCACGUUCGCGAUGAAAGGACUCGUAAUAGAUGCGACCUUUUUAACAAAGGUGAAUCAACGCGUAAUUCAAUUAUAAAGAUCAACUAUAACUCUUCGGCAAAUAUUUUUUUACAGAUAUCAUGCGGCAUUACCACUUUUCUGUUAAUAUUAAUACAAUUCUUAUUCAUUUAA